AUGUACAGCAAUUUCAAAGAACAAGCAAUAGAGUACGUGAAACAAGCGGUACAAGAAGAUAAUGCAGGGAAUUACUCAAAGGCGUUUCCUUUAUACAUGAACGCACUUGAAUACUUCAAGACCCACUUGAAAUACGAGAAGAACCCUAAAAUUCGUGAAGCAAUUACUCUAAAAUUCACCGAGUAUCUUCGUCGGGCUGAGGAGAUUAGGGCUGUUCUUGAUGAAGGAGGUCCUGGGCCUAAUUCUAAUGGGGAUGCUGCUGUUGCGACGAGACCGAAGACUAAGCCGAAAGAUGGCGAGGAGGGGGAUGAUCCGGAGAAAGAUAAGUUGAGAUCUGGAUUGAAUUCGGCGAUUGUGAGGGAAAAGCCGAAUGUGAAGUGGAAUGAUGUGGCUGGUCUUGAGAGUGCUAAACAGGCUUUGCAAGAAGCUGUUAUUUUGCCUGUAAAGUUUCCUCAGUUCUUUACAGGUAAGAGACGACCUUGGAGGGCUUUUCUUUUGUAUGGGCCACCUGGAACUGGAAAGUCAUACUUGGCCAAGGCUGUUGCAACUGAAGCAGACUCCACAUUUUUCAGUGUUUCUUCCUCAGAUCUGGUUUCAAAGUGGAUGGGUGAGAGUGAAAAGCUUGUUUCAAACCUUUUCCAAAUGGCCCGUGAAAGUGCUCCUUCAAUCAUUUUCGUUGAUGAAAUAGAUUCCUUGUGUGGCCAACGUGGAGAGGGCAAUGAGAGUGAAGCUUCAAGACGUAUCAAGACUGAACUUCUCGUGCAGAUGCAGGGUGUAGGAAACAACGACCAGAAGGUUCUUGUUCUUGCAGCAACAAAUACUCCAUAUGCUCUAGAUCAGGCCAUCCGAAGACGCUUUGACAAGCGCAUAUAUAUCCCUCUACCUGAUGUGAAGGCUCGGCAGCAUAUGUUCAAGGUGCAUCUAGGAGAUACUCCUCACAACUUGACUGAAAGUGAUUUUGAAAGCUUGGCUCGAAGGACGGAAGGCUUUUCAGGUUCAGAUAUUGCUGUUUGUGUCAAAGAUGUCCUCUUUGAACCAGUUCGUAAAACCCAAGAUGCUAUGUUUUUCGUAAAUACUCCUAAUGAUUUGUGGGUGCCUUGUGGACCAAAGCAACCUGGUGCUGUCCAAAUCUCUAUGCAGGAUCUUGCAACACAAGGACUUGCAGAAAAGAUCCUUCCACCCCCUAUCAUGAAGACAGAUUUUGACAAGGUCCUGGCAAGACAAAGGCCAACAGUGAGCAAAAGUGAUCUAGAUGUCCAUGAAAGAUUCACAAAGGAGUUUGGGGAGGAAGUUGGUCAAGUUUCAGGGAUAUCUCGGAGCCAUAUGGGUUCUGAGGAUGAGUUGCAGUUUGGAAAUGUUAAUAUGGAAUCCUUCCCUUUGCAGUCGUUUAGGACAGCCAGCAGCUUAUUUUCAUCGGUUGAUGUUAUUGCUACCUAUGCUUAG